AUGGCUAUCUUUCCUCCUUCCCAAAGUUCUUCCUUGAGCAAAACGGACAACGUAGAAUAUCAGAAGGAUGAGGAAAUCAAAAAGGUAGAGAGAAUCUACCAAAGAAAUAGAGAGAUAAUCUCAACCCUUCCAAAUGAAAAAGGCUGGCUAACAGAGCAUCUUUGUCUACACCAAGGCUUUUGGUUCCCCGUGUAUACCCUAGAAGGUAUUAUGUUUAUUCAACAAUGUUUCAAGGCUCAACCCACUGAUGUUCUCUUGAUCUCCACACCAAAAUCUGGCACAGUAUGGCUCAAAGCCAUUGUUUUUGCAAUCAUGAACAGAACCUAUCACAACAAUAUGUCUGUUACUCACCCUCUAGUUACCACUAACCCUCAUGAUUGUGUUCCUUUCUUAGAGAUUAAGAUUUUUAGGGCACCCCCCAUUGGAGAUGUUGAGAUUAUGCCCUCACCUCGCCUCCUUGCUACCCAUAUCCCUUGUACUUUGUUGCCUAAGUCUGUUCUAAGUUCUGGUUGUAAAAUAGUGUACAUUUGUCGAAACCCGAAAGAUGUGUUUGUCUCUAUGUGGCACUUCAUGGCUAGGUUGACAACUAAGGAGCUAUCAUGUUCACCCCUCUCUCUAGAAGAGGCAUUUGACUUAUUUUGCAAAGGGAUCUCUGGAUAUGGACCCUUCUGGAUCAUGUUCAGGAGUAUUGGAAAGCAAGUUUGA